CGUUAUUACCCGUUGUGACUACCAACUGAGAAACGAUCCUUCGUAUCAUACCUGCCUAGCCACCGAUUCUCCGGCUUCGUAACUACAAAUCCAAAGACACAUUCCACACUCACUGUACCAUUCUUCCGUAUUCCUCGCACCAAAACCCCCUCCAGUCACAGCAUCAGUCACCAGCACACUGUCUUGACUCCCCACUCUGCAAUAAUCCAUCUACACAAUGUCCGGCAUCAGCUUGUACGACGUUUCCGUCCCCGUUUUCACCCGGGGUGUUGAGUCCUUGAAAGCAAUCCUGACCAAGGCCGAAGAGCAUGCUGCCUCCGAGGGCAUCAGCGCCGACAGCUACGUCGGUGAGAGGCUCACCGAGAGCAUGCUUCCUCUCUCGUUCCAGGUCCAGGUGGUGUCCAACACAGUCAAGAAGUUCGUCUGGCGCGUGACUGGCGUCGAGAUCGAGGCCUGGGAGGAUAACGAGACCACCAUGGAGCAGCUCAAGGCCCGCCUCCAGAAGACACUUGAUCUGCUGGCAUCCGCGGAUGCCAAGGCUUUCCAAGGCAAGGAGGAGACGGUUGUUGAGCUUCAAAUGGGCAAGCAGGGUAGCAGGAACCUCCCAGCCAAGGAUUAUCUGCUCAAAUACGCCAUUCCCAACUUCUUUUUCCACGUUCAGACUGCCUACUGCAUCUUGCGAGCAAAGGGUGUACCAUUGGGUAAGACUGACUAUUUGGCUGCGCACCUCGUGGGCACCCAGUAAAGAGCUCUAUAAAGCGAUCAUACUGGGCGUCUACUUCGAACUGCGCAGAGGUUGCCGCAGCAAUUAUUUGACAAAGAAGUAGCAUAGCAACCAUAGCCUGUCAUGUCACGGUACAAAAAAAGGAGUUAGCCAGACCCAAAAUGAUUGUGAUGUGAUUUAAUAUGCUCAUCCGCUAAAAUAAAUCUGCGAAGAUCAGUAAACUGCACUCUUUGUAGACUAUGCAUACCCUAAAACCCAGUUUAUAGAUAGAACCUAACAGGCAGGUAUUGAAUUACUUGAUUUCAUCUUUCAAGCUUCAUUUCAUAUCAAUUACUUGAACUCGCCUCGCUUCAUCUCCCUCUGAGCUAUCAGAAUAAUACUUGGCGUAAUCUCAAUGUGCUGGUGCCCCGGAACCUUCCCUCAGGCAUUAUCAAAAGUUCUCAACGACGGCUACGCGGUAUUCCAUGGCGCCAUGUUUCGGUUUCAAGUUGUUGGGCGAAUUGGAUCAGCAACGUGCCAUACUUGAAGCAACUGGUCUGGCCUGGCCUCGCUGUAUGAAACAAAGUUCAGCCUAGA